AUGGUGAACUUACUGGAACCGAUUGAAAGAGUAACUCGACAUUUAUGUGGCGCUAAAUACCCGACUAUUAAUCUUGUCCAUCCAUAUAUGAAAUUACUUAAGAAAGAGUUUGCACCAAAAACAGGUGAAACAGUAGAUACCUAUUUGAAUCUUAUUUAUGGUGAAAAUACUGAUAACGAAAGUGAAGAGAAUGAGAGUGAUGAAACAAGUGAUGAUGAUAUUCCUGCCGCUGGUACUCGUAAACAUUGGCAAUAUGCACAUAGACAAUUUCGUCAAAAAAUGGUUGCUCGUGGUCGAGGACAAAAAAGAAGAUCGCGUGUACAACCCAAUAAUACUGAGUUGAAAGAUAUAGAUAGAGUAGAAUAUUUGCCACCAGUUGCUACUACUGGCUUGCUUAGAAGAGUUCGUGCUGCUAUUUAUUUGUCAAUGGAUGAAUUAUGGGAAGCUCCGUCAGAUAUUGCUCUAGUUGCCACAUUUCUCGAUCCUAGGUUUAAGCAUUUUAAUUGGACAACAUCUAUUGAACGAAACAAAGCACAGAAUUUGGUAGAAGUCCUAUAUGAAGAAUUAAAAAUAAAGCUUGCUGUUCCAGAUAAUAUUGAAGAAAGGAAUCACAAUGAUGAUGAUGACAAUACUAAUGACUUUUUUCACGAGUUGAAGGCAAAUUUUUCACAAACCGAUAUGAAAGUGAAACUGGAAUUGAAGCAUAUUGAACCUUUGGUACGCUAG